CCGCCCGUCGGUCCACUGGGAAGAAAACUACAGCUCCCAGAGUUCCUGGCUGCGCAGACUCCGCUACAGGGCGCGAGCGGGGACAAAAUCAGCUUCAUUCUCCUCUCUCUGUCUGGGGGUUGCGCUGGGCAAGGGGCGUGCCGAGGAUGGAGGACAAGCCUUACAGCAGCCUCAAGCCCUCUCUGGACAGGCUCACCCUGGGGGUCACCCGAAUAUUAGAAACUUCUCCAGGAGUCGAUGAGGUGACAUUUGUGGAAAAGGAGCCAGCUGAACGUCACUCUAUUGUUUCCUGGGAGCAGAAAAACUCCUGUGUAUUGCCAGAGGAUUUAAAGAAUUUCUACCUAAUGAGCGAUGGCUUCCACAUGACCUGGAGUGUAAAAUUUGAUGAUAACCCCAUGCCACUGGGCUCCAUGGUGAUUAACAGCAUCUCUAAGCUAAGUCGCCUCGGCGGAUCAUCGGUGUAUGCCCUACCCAAUGCACCGACCCUCGCUGACCUGGAAGGUGAUACGGAUGAGGAAGGUAAUGAAGACCAGCCAGAAAAACCUCACUUUGACUCUCGUAGCCUGAUAUUUGAAUUGGACCCAUGCAAUGGGAACGGGAAAGUUUGCCUUGUUUAUAAGCAUACCAAGCCAGCUGUCACCCCAGACGCUGAGAUAUGGUUUCUGGACAGAGCGCUGUACUGGCAUUUCCUCACCGACACCUUCACCGCCUACUACCGACUGCUGAUCACCCACCUGGGUCUCCCGCAAUGGCAGUAUGCCUUUACGAGCUACGGUGUCAGCCCCCAGGCUAAGCAAUGGUUUAACAUGUACAAGCCCAUCACCAUCAACACAGCUCUACUCUCAGAAGAACCUGACUCCUUUGUGAACAAACUGGAUCCCAACAAGGGCUGGGACCCUGGAGCUGGAAGCCGGGCGCAGCUCCGCAGGACAAGAACAGCUGCUGCAAGGCGAGCGCGGGGUCACUCUCCAGCAUACCCGCACUGGGGCAGGACUAGGGUUGCGGUGCUGGGUCAGCACGUGCUGCUGGAGGUGCCAGUGCCGAGGAGGAGGCACACCCAAAUUUGGACCUGGGCGUCUGUUCUGAGACGCCUAGCAUGGAGCAGAGGAGACUGGAGCCCCAAGUCCAGUGCAGUGGCCUGGCUGCCCCGGCUGCAGCACCGACAACCGCUGGAGUGGCAGAUGUUGAAGGAGUUACUGCAGGAUGGCAUUUGGCCUCGCUAACGAUCUGUGUGUGGAGAAGAUCAAAAGCAGUAGGGUACUCCAGCUUUACCACUGUCUACAGCUCUUGGAGCCAGUGCAGCUACAAGAGAACACAGAAGCUUUACUGUUAGAGAUGCACAUGCCAGUAGAAACCCAGCUUGCCUCUCCAUUCCCAGGCCAGGUUGUAAGGCUGGCCAUUAGAAAAGCCAUUGUUACUUGUAAACUGGGUAGGAUUUGCUCUGGAGGCGUUGAGACCCCAUAAACAUGGAACCCCAUGUUUAUACACUUUAGACAAUGUAAUUUUUCAGGGUAAAACUGCACUUUAACCCAUUCACUGCUGGUCUUCAACUGUACCCACUAUUGCCUCCAUUCUGUCACAUUCAGUUUUCUUAGCUGUACUGGGAACAUUUAGCAGCCACCAAACAAUCUGGUUUCAGAGUAGCAGCCGUGCUAGUCUGUAUCCAUAAAAAGAACAGGAGUACUUGUGGCACCUUAGAGACUAACAAAUUUAUUUGAGCAUAAGCUUUCGUGAGCUACAGCUCACUUCAUCGGAUGUGAGUGUCAAUCUGGGUGUCUAAGAGAGAAAUCCAGGGCACCAUCUCAAAACAAGCAAUGAUUCUUUACACUGGGGUGUGUCUAACUGCUAACAUGCUUGCAUAACUAUAUAAUAUCAAACUACAUGACAAGGUGUUGUGGGGGUUAUUUACUCGGUGUUUGUACAGCCCUUGAAAGUAUUAAGCACUGUAUAAGUGAAGUGUGAUGUAUUUUAAUAAAGAUUUUAAUAUUUUCCUCCAAAA